AUGGGUGUUCUGUCUCGAAAGAGCGGGAAUACAAAUAAAGAAGAGGAGGAGAGAGAUGAUCAGGACAUCGAAACGGAAAGAGCAUCUACAUCCGAUGGAAACAUCUGGCGCGAUCUUCUAUUCCUGGUUGAUGAAAUCCGAGCAGCGUGGUCUCUCUCCCCAAGUAUCCCUCCCGUCCAGCACCACAAUCUAAGUGCAUUUAUUGCUCGCCUUGCUUCUGUUGGAGUUUGUGAUCCCAAGCUAUGUUUAGUUAGGCUUUGGAUCUUAUGCAAUACCCUUAAAACCCUACUGCUAUUGACAAGCGGAGGAGCCGAGGCUUCCCGCCACGAUUUGGAGCAACGUUUAUAUACCAUUACGAAUCUUCUCCCCACCGUACUAGUGUGGUUUCAGUACUGCGGACACAAAAUCGAAAGCCUCUAUCUUCUAAAUCAGGAUUUCGAAUUCGGGAUUUCAGAAAUUGGGGAAUUAACUCAAAAAGCACAGAUAAUGCCAACGAGUUCAGGAUUUAGUAUAGCGAGGUGGAUAUUUUGGAAAAAGAGACUGGAAGAGCUGAAUCGAUAUAGGAAUAAAGAGAUUGCACCACUAACAUUGAAAGCAUAG